GUGUCUGUGUGUUAAACCCAACGGGUGGUCGCCAAGCUACGCACUUCGGGAUCCCGCACAGCUUCUGCAAAGGCGUCGAACAAUUUCAGCCAGCUCGCAGCUGUGAGAUCCGGAAGGGCGAACGGACGAGACGUCCACGAAUUCCGUUUGGCUUCGUUUAUCAUCUCUGAGCGCAGAAAAUGACUCUUAUUGACGAGGAGGAGACGGAGAACUCGGUGAGUGUUGCGGAGUUCCUGAAAGCUGCGGCUCGAGGGAAAGUGGAGGUGGUGGAGGAGUACCUGCAGCAGGGUGGUGACCCUGACUCUUGCGAUGCGACCCAUCGCACGGCUCUCCAUCAAGCCAGCCAGGCCGGGCACUUGGAAGUGGUACAGAAGCUCAUUGACAAAGGAGCUCAAUUGGAAAAUAAAGACAAGUUGAAGUCGACCGCGAUGCACUGCGCCUCCCGGGGAGGGCACGUGGCGGUGCUGGAGACCCUCCUGGACAGCGGCGCCAGCAUCAAGGCGACAGACUCGAUAUUGAGCAGCCCCUUGCACGUGGCCGCUCGCGUUGGGCAGUACAACGUGGCAGAGUUCCUCAUCGAGCGUGGCGCCAACGUGAACGCCCAGGACAAGGAAGGGGACACGCCGCUCCAUGAGGUCAUGCGCCAGGCGCUCCCCAAAUUCGCUCAGCUCCUCAUCUCGGCGGGUGCCAGCGUUGGUGCCAAAAACUACACUGGAAAAUCUGCCGUAGAUAUGCUUCCACCAAUGAACAAUGAGACUAAAACGGCGAUGAACAAUGUUAUCAACAGCGCACAAAACUAGCCCAAAGUGGACAGGCUAAGACACGGAAAUCUGCUGCGGUUUAGGCGAAUGCAUGGAAACGAACUGGAGAUCAGCUACGAUCCAGGGAUAUAUUUUUUUGUAAAGAUGACUUUCAAUUUUGACCUGCUAUUUAGAAUGAUGUUACCGCACGGUAAUAGUGUUUGAUGUUUUGGGCUCAGCUAGUUGAUUAUGUUAUGGAUGAUGGGCGCUGCAGUGUGCCAUCUGUGCCGUGGAGUGUUGGCAUUCACAUACCCAUCGGCCAGUUGCGAUGAUAGAUAAUGUUUUCAAAACCGUCGCACUAAUUUGCCAGAUUGUUUUCUUCUGUGUAGUAAUGACAAUAGUAAUAGCAAAAAUAACCAUCGAUAGCCCUUUGUCAAUCCAUUGGUGAAUCAGGGCCUCCCCAAUUCUUGUCAUUGAUGCGGGUUGUUUUUUUAGUGUCAUACUUCAUCGCACUGGUCAGUCGUGUGCGUUGAUGAAUGGGGAGCUCAGGACCGGUUGGGAUAACACUCGCCACUGAUAUUAGCCGUGGCCAUGAAUCGAACUUAGGUCGCAGUGUUCAUAGCGCAGUGCGUCAAUAUUGGCAGUGCCGUACACUUCCCCGACAAUUGUAAAUAACCGAGUUAAAAUGAGAUUUGUAUUCAAGUGAUGUACAAAACAUUCACGAUUGCCAAUUAUUCACCAAUAAUCCCAAUUCCAUGGCUUUCGUGCCAAAUUCCACGGCUUUAUGCAUGCAAAUUAUAAUCAUUGGAUUGAGAAUGACAGCAGAGAGUGACAUUGGAAUGCAAUACGGCACAUGCUGUAACGGGAUGGUGCGUCUAUGACUGAUGCCGGCACGUGGAUUUAAACAUUCAAUACCGCGAUUCCUUUAUACACCGAGGCAUCUGACGCGUGGGCCACCGUCUUCCGAGUGCAAAUUUUAAUUGUGAACGCGCAAGGAAUGCUUUGUGCAAUAACACGUGCUGUGGGGCGCAUCGGGCAUCUCCUGAAUAAGCACAGCUUUUGUCGUGGGCAUCAUUUGAGCAGGAAGUGCUCUGCCAAAAUAAAAUUCUUUAUUUUUAAGCCAAUAAAAGACGCUGCCCGUUGAAAGUGCGUAAAUAACGUCCCUGUGACCGAAUGCUGCUUUGCCUAAAUCUAUAAAUGUUGUACUUGGUAGACACCCCACGUGACAGCUAUGGGUUUAACACAUCUACUGCAGACUACUGGCAUGUGACUACUCUAAAUAGCAUAUCAAUGAUAACUCAAAAAUAUAACUGUUGGGAUAAUUACGGCACUCACACGACAUACUGGAUCCUUUAACCCUAGUCGCAGCUACUCGGGUACCUCUUAUCUACAAUACCUAAUGCCUAAAUCAUACAGCAGAUGACUUUUAACGAUUCACUCCCCUCCCUGCGCUUUGAUGAAUUGUCAUGGUUCGUCACCACAAGUCGGUUCAAGAAUCCAGUUGUUUUGCCUCUCUCGUUUCUGUCGUCCCAUUUGUCCUGUUCUCUAAUCACUUUCGUCUUGCUUGAAGUUGUGCUUGCUCCGCUGGCAUAGGCACGUAACAUUCGACUGUGAUUUGCCUCUAACAUUUACAUGAAUCUAAAAAAAUAAAACAUUGGUUCUUUACACACGCAA